UCCACUCGCCCGCGCAGAGUGCCGCCCCCAACCUCUGUGUUGAUCUGAGUAUUUGAAUGUUCAAAAAAAGCUUUUAACUUUGCCUUUGCCUUUCUUCGACGGCUCUCUUUAUUGCCCCCCGCCGUUGUCACGCUCCCCGUUUUAACUCCUCAGCUAACCAUUUUCCCUUUCCUUUCUUUCUUUCUCAAAAAAAUUAUCAAUUUUUUUUCUUCUGCUGCUGUCCAAGAUCUCGAUUUUUCAUUUUCUUGCUGCCUACCCCGAAAUGUCCGAUCUAGAUUUCUGGGUUUUUUUGUUCUUAGUUAAAUGAGUGGAAAAUGGAGACAUCUGGGCAACGGAUGCCGAAGAUUUCCAGCUUCUCUGCUGAUAUGAGCUUCACUGAUUUAGAACUUUCUUCAGAUGCUCCUUCUUCUUCGAGAGGAAACUGGCAGCUCCAAAAACAGAGAAAACUCUCAAAUUUGGCAUCUGAUUCCAAUUCCUGCCUUAAUGAUACUAGAGACCAGGAUCAGUUUAUGUUUGAUUUCGAUUGGAGAUCGUCAAAACAAUCAACUGGAACCCCAAUGAAGAAGUUGUUAGCACGAGAGAUGUCGAAAGAAAAUGAAUCUAGAAAACAAUCAUCAAGUGUUAUAGCAAGAUUGAUGGGCCUUGAUGGGUUACCACCUCAACAGUCUGGCCACAAGCAGCAAAAACAAACUGAGAGUAGUCAAAGAAUGUUCAAAAGGGUGGUUCAUUUUAUAGUAGGCGGUCCUCUAGGAAAAGUUCAAUGGAGGAGCCGGAGUUUAAAGAUGUUUUUGAAGUUUUAGACGCGUCUAAAUUGAGAGUGGCGGUUACUCUUCACAAGGGACUGCAAACUCGAAGCUUUCUGAUGCUGAGGUUGCCUUUAUCCGGCAGAAGUUUAUGGAGGCUAAACGUCUUUCAACUGAUGAAAAGAUUCAGGAUUCCGUGGAAUUCAAUGAUGCCCUUGAGGUACUAAACUCAAACACGGAUCUUCUGCUGAAAUUCCUUGAGCAACCAGAUUUGUUAUUCACAAAGCAUUUGCAUGAUCUGCAAGGUCUGUCACCUCAGUCCCAUUGUAGUCGAAUAUCAGUCUUGAAAUCAUCACACACUCUGAAUAAGGAUGAUGGUCGAUUACAUCGUGGAGCAGGGAAAGAAACUCAAUUGAAGCACUACAGUAAAUCUCCUCAAGGGCUUCAAGAAGAACUUAUCAGCCACUCAUAUGGGAGAUAUGUUGCUCACAAUUGCCCCAUGUCACCUAAGGUUCAGUUAGAUGAGAAAAGUGCGCCAGCUAUUCUACCCACAAGAAUUGUUGUCUUGAAGCCGAAUCUGGGAAGUCGCAGAAUUCCACGAGAACUGCUUCGUCACCUUGUUUUUCUAAUCAUUCUCAUUUAGGAAACCCAGAAAUUUUGGGUAUUGAAAGCAGGGAGGCAGAAACAUGGUGCAAGAAAAGGUUUCAUCGCGAUAUCGGGUUUUCAAGGCAUAAUUCUAGAGAGUCGAGGGAAAUAGCAAAGGAGAUUACAAGGCAAAUAAAAAAUAGCUUUGUCAAUGGCUCAAUGAAAACUUUGACAUCCAGGGUUAGAGCAUAUGCAGGAGAUGAGAGUUCAUGUGAUGUAUCUGGUUCCGAAUCUGCAAAUGAUUUGGAUGUACCAACAGUGUCCUACAGGGAUAAAGUUGGCUGGCAUAAGCGACAUAGGAGGCCAUCAUCCCGUUGUACUGAAUCAUCCAUUAGUAGAGAGGCUAAAAAGCGACUAUCUGAGAGGUGGAAAUUAACACAUGCGUCUCAAGAGCUGCAGAUGGUUAGUAAGGGCAGUACAUUAGGUGAAAUGCUUGCGAUCUCGGAUAGGGAAAUGACCCCAGCAAAUUCUAGUGGCCUUGUUGGUGGGGAAGGAUGCAGUGAGAUUGGUAAUCAUGCUGAGCCAAAAGUGUGGAAUGAACCUUUGGGCAUUAGCAGUAGGGAUGGUUGGAAAGAUGGAUGUCUCAGUAGUCUUUCAAGAUCACGAUCUGUACCGGCUUCUGUUACUGACUUUGGAAGUCCUAGAAUAAGCAGUCGCCAUGGAAGUCUACGUAAAGAUAAGUAUGUGAUUCCAAGAGAGGGUUUCAAGUGGGACAGAAACAAAGCAGUAAAAGGCAAUUUUAAUCAGUGGGAAGCUCCAUUACCUAACAACCAAAGAUUCCGUGUUAAGAAAUCUCGAAUUUUGAGUAGCAGUUGCAGUAGUAAUAAGGAAAAUAGUGACCCUUCACCAGAUUUUAACAUCACCCCACAUCAUGUACUGCAAAAUUUCCAGGGGGAUAACCAAUCUGAAAACAACCUUAUGGUAUCAGGAGAAUCUGCUAGUACUGCCAUGGAUUCAAGUUCAGUUCUUCAGGACGCAUUGGACAUUAAUGAUCGGAAAAAGGCUGUGUUAUCUAAACCUUCUCACAUGGAAUUAUCAACUCCUCCAGCAAAUUCUGAUGUUUCUAGCGGUGAUGUAAAUAACUCCCAGGAACCAUCAGAGGCACCAUCUAAGCAAGCCUCAUUCCAUUGUCCUGUAUCAGAAAUAGGAUCUCGAGCAGGCUCUAAAGACGGAGAUCAACUAAGUCCAAUUUCAGUUAUAGAAGCUCCUUUCACUGAUGAUUUAUCAUCUGGUUCUGAAUGCUUUGAGAGUAUUAGUGUUCACCUCCAUGGCCUUCGGAUGCAACUUCAACUAUUAAAUCUAGAAACCGAGGCAUAUGAAGAGGGAACAGUGCUUCUUUCUAGUGAUGAUGAUGGUGAUCAAUUAUCUGUUCAGUCUGCCGAGGAAAAAGGGAUAGCAAUGGCCAAAAAGAAUUUGGAGUCUAUGUACAUAGUUGAUGUCUUGGUUGGUUCUGGAAUCAAUGGAGCUGACCUUGAUACCUUCUUAUUGACAUGGCAUUCUCCAGAUUGCCCCGUGAACCCUAUAGUUUUUGAAGAACUGGAGAAAAAAUAUCAUAACCUAAAUUCUUGUUCAAGAGGUGAAAGGAGGCUGAUGUUCGACAGGAUCAAUUCAAAGCUACUGGAGAUCUAUCAACAAUUUAUGGACCAAUUCCCAUGGAUAAAGCCUGUAAGAAAAAUUAUUCCAAAGUGGAACAUACAAGAGCUGGAAGAUAGCCUGCGCAAGUCUCUGGUAAGCAAAAACAAGAAACUGGACAUGGAUGCUGGGGAAUGUGAGUGGUUAAACUCGAGGAGUGAUAUCGAUGCAAUAGGUAAGGAGAUCGAGAGAUUGUUGGUAGAUGAACUAAUAGCUGAGGUAGUGCAUGGCUAGUAAGCCUGCUCAAGUCUCUGGUAAGAAAAAACAAGAAACUGGACAUGGAUGCUGGGGAAUGUGAGUGGUUAAACUCGAGGAGUGAUAUUGAUGCAAUAGGUAAGGAGAUCGAGAGAUUGUUGGUAGAUGAACUAAUAGCUGAGGUAGUGCAUGGCUAGUAAGAUGAUAGUUUCGAUUUAGAGAGUUCAGCUUGUACAAAUGAUUGGAAUAUGAUCAUUUCAUGACUGUAAAUAAAUUCUAAAUCUUUACAGGGGCAAGAAUCAUUAAAAGGUAU